AUAUUUGAAUUGAUAUUAGCACUAUUACUCAUGAAAAAUUCAUCUGAAAACAAAGAAACUGACCAGAUAUGUGUACAAGAGAGAGACUUUUGUGUUGUGUUCCAUAUCUUCUAGUAAUUCCUUUAGUCAUCAAUGUUUGCGAAGGCAGAGUAGUAUUUGACAUUAACAAGGAAAAAACACGCAGCUUAAAACGUACAGAAGAUGCUAGCUUAGCUGCAGUCGUGCCGAAAUUACCAUUUCCAGUAUUUGGGAACAAUGUUAACAGAUUUUACUUUAGAACGUCGGGUUUCAUUACUUUCCACGCCCCUAAUGCAAGCCAACCUGCAGAUACAAGUGGAAUUCAUCUAUCAUAUAUUACACCAUUUUGGGCUGAUGUUAAUGAACAUUGUAAUGGCGAUAUAAAACUAAGAGAAUCUUUACUGUCACAAGAAUUUCAAACUGCAAGAGAUGUUAUAGUUAGACAGCGAGAAAUCCCAAAAUUUAAUGCGAACUACAUGCUGUUAGUGGAAUGGAGAAACAUGUUUCCUGGCCAUUGUUAUUAUCCGCGCACUCAAUUUCAAGCUGCAUUAGUCACUGAUGGCUGCGCCUCUUACGUCAUAUUUAGUACUAGUCCCAUACGGCUGGGAAUAGAAGAAACCACUAUUAGUGGUGAUAUUCGUGGCUUAAAUACAAUAGCAGAAGAAAAUCAAGUGGUUUCACUUGGAGGAGAAAAUAUUUGCACUGGUCAGAAUAAUGGUGACGUAGUAUUAAAUCCUUUAGAAUCUACCAACCGUACAUACUACCGUUGUGGUCAAUGCAGUGCUGAACCCUUACAAACAUGUCCUUCUGGUCAAAAGUACGAUAUGCAAUGUAACAGGUGUAUUUUAAAAGCUUUCCCGAAUUGUAGCAGCUCAGACAGUCGCUGCAAUGGGCGAUCUAAUGGAUAUGUAUUAGGUUUGGAGGGUCAUAAUGAUUGCACAGGGUAUUAUGAGUGUCAAACACAAGUUGGAUUGCUACGGAAAUGUCCGCAGCAAACUUACUUCAAUGGUACCGCAUGUGUUGGGAAUUUAGACACUCUUACAUGUCAACAUCCUGACUGUUUACCAGGCGGAAGACAAAAUAGAGUAGGGGAUUAUCCAUUAACUCCAGGAAAUCAAUGUAGUGCAAGUUAUUACCAUUGUAAUUCCAGUUCAUAUCGAACAACCCGGUCAUGCCAGAUAUCAGUUACAGGAGCCUACUUUGGAUUGCAGAAUAAUGCAUGGCAAUGUAUUUCGGGGGAUGCUCCUCUGCUUUGUGGGCAUCCAGAUUCCGUAUGUAUUGGUAAAUCUGUCACUUUGGAUGGUCCACCAUUUCAAAAAGAUCCACUGGAUUCGUAUUGCAGAGGUUACAUCAUCUGCACUGGAUCAGGGGCUAUAACAGCUACUUGUGGUGCAAGUCAAUUUUAUAACGUUACUGCUAGAACCUGCCAGCCGAACUUUCCUUUUCAUCAAGGUUGCUGGAGAGACGGGGGUAUUUCCAGUUGGUCUUCCUGGUCAUAUGCUAAGCGAAGUUCGUGUUCUGUUACCUGUGGUCCUGGAGGCAUACAAUUACUUCAAAGAACACGCUCAUGUACAGAUCCAGCACCCCUUGAAGGUGGAUCUACUUGUUCUGGAGUUUCCUUUUCUGAAUUAAAGACUGCGAAUUGUCAAAGUACUCCCCCAGCUUGUGAAGUUCAUGGCGCAUGGAGUGCUUGGGUGAAUGGAUCUUGCUCACAGACAUGUGGAUAUGGCACUCGACUAAGAACACGUAAUUGCACAAAUCCUGCACCUGCUCAUGGUGGAUCAGCAUGUCCUGGAGUGUCUACAACCAAUAUUUCAUGCAAUGACAGGCUUUGUCCAAUUCAUGGUUCUUGGGGUGCUUGGGUGAAUGGAUCUUGCUCGCAGACAUGUGGAUAUGGCACUCGACUAAGGACACGUAAUUGCACAAAUCCUGCACCUGCUCAUGGUGGAUCAGCAUGUCCUGGAGUGUCUACAACCAAUAUUUUAUGCAAUGACAGGCCUUGUCCAAUUCAUGGUUCUUGGGGUGCUUGGGUGAAUGGAUCUUGCUCACAGACAUGCGGAAAUGGCACUCGACCAAGAACACGUAAUUGCACAAAUCCUGCACCUGCUCAUGGUGGAUCAGCAUGUCCUGGAGUGUCUACAUCCAGUAUUUCAUGCAAUGACAGACCUUGUCCAAUUCAUGGUUCUUGGGGUGCUUGGGUGAAUGGAUCUUGCUCACAGACAUGCGGAAAUGGCACUCGACCAAGAACACGUAAUUGCACAAAUCCUGCACCUGCUCAUGGUGGAUCAGCAUGUCCUGGAGUGUCUACAUCCAGUAUUUCAUGCAAUGACAGACCUUGUCCAAUUCAUGGUUCUUGGGGUGCUUGGGUGAAUGGAUCUUGCUCACAGACAUGUGGAAAUGGAACUCGACCAAGAACACGUAAUUGCACAAAUCCUGCACCUGCUCAUGGUGGAUCAGCAUGUCCUGGAGUGUCUACAACCAAUAUUUUAUGCAAUGACAGGCCUUGUCCAAUUCAUGGUUCUUGGGGUGCUUGGGUGAAUGGAUCUUGCUCACAGACAUGUGGAAAUGGCACUCGACCAAGAACACGUAAUUGCACAAAUCCUGCACCUGCUCAUGGUGGAUCAGCAUGUCCUGGAGUGUCUACAACCAAUAUUUUAUGCAAUGACAGGCCUUGUCCAAUUCAUGGUUCUUGGGGUGCUUGGGUGAAUGGAUCUUGCUCGCAGACAUGUGGAUAUGGCACUCGACUAAGGACACGUAAUUGCGCAAAUCCUGCACCUGCUCAUGGUGGAUCAGCAUGUCCUGGAGUGUCUACAUCCAGUAUUUCAUGCAAUGACAGGCCUUGUCCAAUUCAUGGUUCUUGGGGUGCUUGGGUGAAUGGAUCUUGCUCACAGACAUGUGGAAAUGGCACUCGACCAAGAACACGUAAUUGCACAAAUCCUGCACCUGCUCAUGGUGGAUCAGCAUGUCCUGGAGUGUCUACAACCAAUAUUUUAUGCAAUGACAGGCCUUGUCCAAUUCAUGGUGCUUGGGGUGCUUGGGUGAAUGGAUCUUGCUCGCAGACAUGUGGAUAUGGCACUCGACUAAGGACACGUAAUUGCACAAAUCCUGCACCUGCUCAUGGUGGAUCAGCAUGUCCUGGAGUGUCUACAUCCAGUAUUUCAUGCAAUGACAGGCCUUGUCCAAUUCAUGGUUCUUGGGGUGCUUGGGUGAAUGGAUCUUGCUCACAGACAUGUGGAAAUGGCACUCGACCAAGAACACGUAAUUGCACAAAUCCUGCACCUGCUCAUGGUGGAUCAGCAUGUCCAGGAGUGUCUACAACCAAUAUUUCAUGCAAUGACAAACCUUGUCCAGUUAAUGGAAACUGGACUAUGUGGACCAAUUGGACUGCUUGUUCCAAAUCGUGCGAUAAUGGGACAAGAAUUCGACUUCGUGAAUGUGUCAAUCCAGCUCCAUCAUUUGGUGGUGACAAGUGUACGCGUCUAGAUGGAACAAUGGCAUUAGAGGAAGCAAGUACAGAGCGCUGCAACACUGAUCCAUGUUUUCGUCAAGGUGGUUGGAGUAAUUGGUUUAACAGUACCGGCUGCUCUCAAACGUGUGGUAACGGAAUAUAUCAAAGAAACAGAACGUGUGACAACCCUACACCUAUUGGAGAAAACAGUUGGUGUGUAAAUCUAAAUAACAUGACUGCCCUAAAUGAAACAGGCAUUGUACCAUGCCUUAUAGUCGAAUGUCCAGUUAAUGGAAGCUGGACUAUGUGGACCAAUUGGACUGCUUGUUCCAAAUCGUGCGAUAAUGGGACAAGAAUUCGACUUCGUGAAUGUGUCAAUCCAGCUCCAUCAUUUGGUGGUGACAAGUGUACGCGUCUAGAUGGAACAAUGGCAUUAGAGGAAGCAAGUACAGAGCGCUGCAACACUGAUCCAUGUUUUCGUCAAGGUGGUUGGAGCGAUUGGUUUAACAGUACCGGCUGCUCUCAAACGUGUGGUAACGGAAUAUAUCAAAGAAACAGAACGUGUGACAACCCUACACCUAUUGGAGAAAACAGUUGGUGUGUAAAUCUAAAUAACAUGACUGCCCUAAAUGAAACAGGCAUUGUACCAUGCCUUAUAGUCGAAUGUCCAGUACAUGGCGGAUGGAGUGAAUGGAGCAGUUAUAGAGUUUGUUCUGCAACAUGCGACAAAGGCACAUACUCCCGUAAUCGAACUUGCAAUAAUCCAGCUCCAGCCUUUAAUGGUUCGAAAUGUUUAGACAGUACCAACACGACAAUGUUGUUAAUGGAGAAUGUUACAGAAGUAUGUCAAAUUGUUGAAUGUAUAGUACCUGGUGAUUGGAGUGAUUACGUAAAUGUGACAGAAUGUUCAAAAUCUUGUGGCGCUGGUACAGUAACGCAAGAGCGCUAUUGUAACAACCCGCCCCCAAGAGGUGGUGGCAUCGCAUGUGAAGGUCUAGAAGGACCCGCUCUUUUUCAGAAUAAAACACUGGCAUGUAACACAAAUCCUUGUCCAGUGAAUGGCACUUGGGGAAACUGGACGGAAUAUUCGCCAUGUUCGGUUACGUGCGGUAAUGGCACAAAGAAUAAAAACAGAUCGUGUGACAAUCCGGCUCCAGCUCAUGGAGGAUAUCCCUGCACGCUUACAAAUGGUAGUAUAGGACUGUUUGAAACGAAAUUUAUGUCAUGUCAAGAUAAAGAAUGUCAAGUAAACGGAAGUUGGAGUGAGUGGUCUAAUGCAACAAUGUGUUCAAAAUCAUGUGAUAAUGGUACGUAUACAAGGGAACGGUUUUGUAACAACCCUCCUAAAGCCGGGUCUGGCUCUGAUUGUGUGGGUGGCGACAACGCAACUUAUGAUACCGAAACACUGGACUGUAAUACACACAACUGUCCAAUUCAUGGCGCAUGGACUACUUGGGAUAACUCAACAUGUAAUGCAACUUGUGAUGGCGGCUAUAUAACGGCCUCUCGAGAAUGUAAAAACCCACUACCUCAAUACGGCGGUAAUAAUUGUACGAAUUCCAAUGGUGUUGAAGCUCGUACUGAAACUAUUGUGGGUCCAUGUAACACCCAUUCAUGUCCAGUACAUGGCGGAUGGAGUGAAUGGAGCAGUUAUAGAGUUUGUUCUGCAACAUGCGACAAAGGCACAUACUCCCGUAAUCGAACUUGCAAUAAUCCAGCUCCAGCCUUUAAUGGUUUGAAAUGUUUAGACAGUACCAACACGACAAUGUUGUUAAUGGAGAAUGUUACAGAAGUAUGUCAAAUUGUUGAAUGUAUAGUACCUGGUGAUUGGAGUGAUUACGUAAAUGUGACAGAAUGUUCAAAAUCUUGUGGCAAUGGUACUGUAACGCAAGAGCGAUAUUGUAACAGCCCGACCCCGAGAGGUGGUGGAAUUGCAUGUGAAGGUCCAGAAGGACCCGCUCUGUUUCAGAAUAAAACACUGGCAUGUAACACAAAUCCUUGUCCAGUGAAUGGCACUUGGGGAAACUGGAGGGAAUAUUCGCCAUGUUCGGUUACGUGCGGUAAUGGCACAAAGAAUAAAAACAGAUCGUGUGACAAUCCGGCUCCAGCUUAUGGAGGAUAUCCCUGCACGCUUACAAAUGGUAGUAUGGGACUGUUUGAAACGAAAUUUAUGUCAUGUCAAGAUGAAGUAUGUCCAGUAAACGGAAGUUGGAGUGAGUGGUCUAGUGCAACAAUGUGUUCAAAGUCAUGUGGUAAUGGUACGUAUACAAGGGAACGGUUUUGUAACAACCCUCCUAAAGCCGGGUCUGGCAUAGAUUGUGUGGGUGGCGACAACACAACGUAUGAUACCGAAACACUGGACUGUAAUACACACAAUUGUCCAAUUCAUGGAAAUUGGACAGAGUGGUCCUCAUAUAGCGAUUGUUCAGUUACGUGUGGUAUUGGAACCAAAGAAAGAAAUCGAACCUGCACUGACCCCCCUCCACAAUUUGGUGGCGAUGAGUGCGUGAUGAUGAAUACAACACGUGGUCUGGUUGAAUAUAAUUCAACGCAAUGCAACCUUGUUAUGUGCCCAAUUCAUGGCGCAUGGACCGAUUGGUAUAACUCAACAUGUAAUGCAACUUGCGGUGGUGGCUAUAUAACGGCAUUUCGAGAAUGUAAGAAUCCACCACCUAAUUACGGCGGUAAUAAUUGCACGAACUCCUAUGGUGUUGAGCAAACUGGGAUUGAAAUGAUUGUGAAUUCAUGCAACAACCACUCAUGUCCAGUUCAUGGAAACUGGAGUACUUGGUCUGGUUAUACGGCGUGCAGUUUGACAUGCGGAAAUGGUACUAAGUCUAGAAAUCGUACGUGUAAUAAUCCUGACCCCAUGUAUGGUGGUCUGCUAUGCAAUUUAACAGAUGGUACGAAUGGAUUAGAAGAGAUAGAGACAAUGGAUUGUUUCGAAGCGCGCUGUCCCGAUCCAUAUGAUUGUUCGUUUGAAUCUUCCCCGAAUAUGAAGACAAUGUGCAAUUUCACAAUUGAUGGUCCAAUAAACAGAUGGUCAUUACAUACUGGUAGAACUAACACUCGCGACACUGGUCCAUACAAUGACCACACAUACGGAAAUUCUUCGGGAUAUUAUCUGUACUUUGAAGCUUCGGGUUUUCAUCCUGUUACUGAAGUAAGAUACCCUGCCAAUGAUGACUUUGCUUCCAUUGGUAAAUUUCCAGCAUUCAGUGGUUUCAGAUGCAUGCGAUUUUGGCUUCACAUGUAUGGAAAUAGUACUCUAUUCCCUAUUAAUCCAGGUGAGUUUCGCGUAAUUCAAGUCAGUUCAAAUGGAACAGAAUGGGAUCUUCUGAAAAGAACAGAGUUUCUUCCGGAUAAUAUCUGGUAUCAACAAGAUGUAAAUAUCACUGCCACUUCGAUGGAUUACGAGAUUCGUUUUUAUGGAAGGAGAGUUGAUUAUGUUGCUGAUCGAGCAAUUGAUGACGUGUCAUUUUACGAUGUUUCUUGUCCGGAAGUUGAUGCGUUAAUCGAAAGUGGGGAGAUGACCGUUGGUUCCUAAUGUUAUACAUUCCCGCCAUCAUUGCGUAAAUAAUGUUAAUUGGAAACUUGAAACAUUCGAAUUAUAUGUUUUAAUUUGUUAAAUAUUUUUAUUAGUUUUGUAUUAA